GCACUCAGGCCAGUUGGUGAGAGACAGGCGAGUUGUUGUUGUGUGGAAAUGAUUGGGGUUCUCCCUGGAAGGUGGAAUUAAUUUUUACCUGACUUUAUUACGGAAAAGUUCCCUUUUUUUAAGGAAGAACACAGGUUUGUAAUAUCAGUUGUGCAGUGGGGACAUGGGUAGUAUCUGGAGUACUUCCUUGAGAAUUCCACCUGGAAAAGGACCGAAUCAUGUAGGGUGUACAGAUCUUAUGAUGGACCACACAGCGCAGGGAGCUUUCUUUCGGCUAUACUACCCUUGCGAGACACCGACAGGCUAUGAAAUGCCAGGCUGGAUCCCCAAUAAAGAAUACUUUAAUGGGCUUGCUGACUUCCUGAAGUUAAACAGAUGCCUGUCUGAAAGGAUUUUUAACUAUCUUUAUGGAUCUUUUACAAUUCCCACUGCAUGGAAUGCACCUUUUAAACCUGCAGACAAAUACCCACUAAUUAUCUUUUCUCAUGGACUGGGAGCUUUCAGGACUCUUUAUUCAGCUAUUUGCAUAGAAAUUGCCUCCCGGGGUUUUAUCGUUGCCGCUGUGGAGCACAGAGAUGAAUCUUCUUCAGCCACAUUUUAUUUUAAAGAGAAAUCAAACAGAACAGAACAGGAACAGCUGGUGAUAUCCCCAAAUAACUUUGAAGAGGAAUGGAUAUAUUAUAGAACUCUGAAACAGGGUGAACCAGAAUUUCCACUCAGAAAUAAACAGGUGCAACAAAGGGCUAAUGAGUGCAUUAAGGCUUUGAAUCUCCUCACAAACAUCAACGCAGGAGAACCAGUUACCAAUGCACUGCAGUUACAAUUUGAUUGGUCCAGGUUAAAGGGUUCAAUGGAUUUGUGUAAAACAGCAGUGAUGGGGCAUUCCUUUGGAGGCGCAACAGUUAUUGAAUCUCUCUGCAAGGAGCCAAAAUUCAAAUGUGGUGUUGCUCUAGAUGCGUGGAUGUUUCCUUUGGAUGACGAGGUUUACGCCAGAGUGAACAAACCCAUAAUGUUCAUCAAUUCUGAGAAAUUCCAGUGGGCCGGGAACAUAAUUAAGAUGAAAAAACUCGAUUCUCCAACCAUACAGCGGAAAAUGAUAACCAUCAGGGGAUCUGUACAUCAGAGCUUUCCUGAUUUUACCUUUCUCACUGGUAAUUGGAUUGGGAAACUUUUAAAGCUUAAGGGAGAAAUUGAUCCUGAGGUAGCUCUGGAUCUUUCCAAUAAAACCUCCCUAGCAUUUCUUCAGAGACAUUUGGUUCUGGAAAAGGAUUUCAAUCAGUGGGACCCGCUAAUUGAUGGAAAGGAUGACAAUCUUAUAGCCGGCACGAAUGUCCACCUGCCUCCGUCUAUGGAGAUGGAAGAACAUGACUAAAUUCAAGAAUUUCUACAUUUUUAUGUGGUCUCAGGGGGUCCCUUUCCAUAUACUGUACUUCGCUGAAACUUUGUUCCAGUUACUGUUGCUGUCAAGCUCCAAAGGGUAAUGUGCCUUUUUAAAUAUUAAGCCUUACAUUAAACAGGACUGAUACAUUCAAAUGUAAACUUUAUACGCAGGACUGGACUUGAUAAUGUAAAAUGAUCCCUAAAAUUAGAAUUACAUUUCCAAUUAAAAAUAUUCAGGAUGAUCUUUAAGUCACAGAGAUGGCGGUUAGUGUUUCUGCUUUACAGCUCUUGGGCUCUUGGCUUGAUUUUAGGUUGGCAUGCCUUCUGUGUGGAGUUUUCAUGCCCUUAUUGUUUGCAUGAAAAUUACCUCCAAAGAUGGGCUGCCCGUGUUUCCAAAUUGCUCCUCUUUCUCCAAGAGGCUUCUAUGAACAUCUAGUCAUCUUUGCCAGGAUGAGAGACGUUCUUCUAGGUUGCUGCAAACCUUUCCAGGAUAAGUUGCUUUCUGGUAAUGGAUUCUUUGACCACAAGUUAUAGAGCAGCCAAAGAACCUUGCACAAUCUAGGCAGAAGGCAUGGGAUUAUAUUUUAAAAAGUCACUGGUUGCCCAUACCAGAGGGCUAGUCAAGCAUGAAGAAACAAGCCAGUUCUGAUGAAUGAAGAUCCCUGUUCAAACCUUUUGGAAUCCAGUUUGAAAGAAAUGUUUUAGGCAGACUUUCUGCAAUAACUGUUUGCAGUUAUGUUCCAUGAGUUUUACAUGGAACUGUAUCUAUCCUACAUGUGCAUAGUAGUCAGGUUAAGCAAUUUUAAGAAGGUUUAGGGUGAGCAAGGUUAUAAAGCAUAAAUCCUCCAUCUACCUCAAACUCCUGUUUUGCAUUUUAUCUGUAAUCUCUAGUUCCCAGUAGAAGACAACCUAUUAAAGUGUAGUACUGUCAGAAGAGAACACUUGGCUGUGGGAGACAGCACUUACUGGUAUUAUGAACUCUCCAAGUCUUAUUUUACCCGAAUUUGAUUUCUUUCAAGUCCAAUGAGGUCAUCUUAAUCAAUUCAGAUAGAUUUGUGAUACACUAUGCCAAAACAGUCAAUUUUCAUGCAUACAAGGAUAGCACAGUUUAAAUUGACACCAUAAAUGCCUUCUGAAGCAGAACAUGGCUAACUCCGCUGAAUUUCUCAAAAUAACUGACUGCUUUGGUAGUGAUUGAUAUUUACCCUGUCGACAGCCAGUUGUAAAAAACACUAUACGCCCAUACUGCUCUAUGCACUAUGACAUACACUAAAAAGCAAAAAGGCUGGUCAAUAGGCACAUUGUAAAUGAGUAAAUACAUUUUUUUUCUAUGGUAAGUUAAUAGAAAGGUGCUGUUGUAGUUUUUGCCACCAUGCUCCCUGAAAGGAACAUCAUUUCAAGAUGAGUGGUCCAAUUAUUUUUUUUUUUUUUAAGAUUGUCACUGAUGUACCAGGCUGAAAAGAAGCACACUGUCUAAUGAUCACAUUAUGUUGCAGCUAUGAAAGUUUCAGAGAUGAGCAUGACCCUUGCUGAGUCACUGCCCCUCAGUCAGGCAAACUACUGUGACCAUUUCUAUCCAGCAGAUAUGAAUCACUGGAACAGUUGCCUCAGAGAAGGCAUCUUCUGAACUGUCUUUCCCCUGCCUAAUGCCUCAGCUGCAUUACACCUUGGGGAAAAAAAAGCAGACCUCAGUUUUUGUCUGGACAAACUUUACAGCAAAGGAUGCAAUCCAAAAUUAGUAGGCCAGGCAGAAUUAAGCCCAUAGUGUUGAGAUCCACACCAAUUAAUGAAAUUAAGCCAUUUUUCACCUACAUGGAAUUUGACCCAAUAUGGGCAUUACUAGUUAAAGCAAAAUGUUGUCUUUGAAUUCUUACAGCCCAACUUACAUCACUGUUUGAAGUCCACAAAACCUGACGAUGUUGCAGUGAAUAUAAAUGUACUUAGAAUUUUCAUUGCUAUAACAAAACAAUAUGCAAUAUACAUAAAUAUGGUAUAAAACUAAGAACAAGCUUUUGAAGUACACAACCAUAUUGUUCUUUACACUAUGUAACACAGGAAACAUUUUGAAAAGUUUCACAAAGAUGAUUAUGAAGAAAAAAACAUCACAUUACAAUGUGCCUUAAAGAGCUCAUCAAUUGUUUGAUUCUUACAAUGUAUUGUUCCUGAAUAUCAGUAUUGUUCAUUACUGACUGGUGUAGGCAAAAUAAGAAAUUUUAUUGCAUCUUAUCUCUUUAGUUGUAUUGUUCCAUCAGAUAUAACAGAAGAACCAUUUGUUACAGUAUAUACAUGUAUUUGCUAGGUCAGUAACAUGCCAUAUAUUUUAAGUUACCCAGACUUCACAUACCUGUAUUGUCAGGUUUUAGAGUAUUAUUCUUAAAAAAAAAAAAAAGUGUAGUAAAAACUGUAGCAGUUUUCAUGAAACCAUUGCCUAUGAAACCACAGCAAAAUUUGUCUUAAGCAGUGUUUCAAAAAUACUCAACCUGCCAUUUUUAAACUUUUCUUCUUUUGAUUUUCAAGAUCUUAAUUUGCCUUUGAAGAGUUCUAAAUAAAUGUAUUUAACAUCCGGUCAUGCUAAAUGAUUAUCCCCAUCAUAAUUCCCUACCAGUAUAUUAACAUUAUGCUUUAGGACUGCAUUUAAAGACUUGCACUGUUAAUUCCAAAACACAAAUUAUGUUAUCCCCCCCAAAAGAAACAGUUUUUAGAAACCAUUAUGUACUUUUUACCAAGGUUUUGAUAGUUUUGGAAAUCUGACAAAAAUUAGCUAUGCAUUGGUGCCAUUUUUAGUUCUGUAAUAACACUACUGUACAUGUUUUCUAAAAUAAAAUGAUUUUACCCAA